AAAUAGUGAUGUCCAAAAAAUUCAUUGGGGGGCGGGGCCGGGCCGCCGGGCCGAACUGACACAUUAUGCAUGGGCUCCAGCAUUCACUGGAGCAAAAAGGCUCAAAAGGCCGAUCCAGACCGCUACGAAGUCGGACAUCCCGACAACAAUUAACAGGGAACAGUCCCAGAGCAUCUCAGACGCCGGCACAAAGCACAUCGCAAGCCGGACGGGCAAUGGAGG